AGCCAGUCAUGAGCACGAUCACGCUCGAAUUCCUACAAAAUCUCCUUAAAGAAGACUAUCCCGAUGUAGACAUCCAAGAAUUUGAGGGUGCGCCAGGGUCAAAUAGAGGGGACAACUACACCUCGAUGGUUUACCGAAUUUCACUAAAAGGAAUUAAAAAGAAAGAAGAAGAAUCCGAAAAAUGGGAAGGUUCUAUAAUCUACAAAUGUCUACCAGAGAGCGUUUUAAGAAGAGAAGCGUUUAAAAGUGACGAGCUUUUCUGUAACGAAGUGGCAUUUUAUAAUAAAAUCUGGCCUACCUUAGCCAAGUUUGAAUCACAAUGGGAUAAAGUCACCCAUCCAUUUAAAUCCAUACCUAAAUGCUAUCUAGCUCAGAGUGACAUGGUGAUCCUGAAAGACCUGAAGCAACUGGGAUUCGUGAUGCCAGAUCGAAGGCAAGGCUUGACUAUCGAGCAAUGCUACUUCGUUCUGAAACAUUUAUCACAUUUCCACGCUCUAUCAAUGGCGAUGAAAUGUCAUAAUCCGGAAGGGUUCUACGAAUUACUGAACAUGCAGGAUGGCAUCUCUGAAGUAUUCUUUGUACCGGAAAACGUGGAUUACUACAGAAGUUACUACACAGAGGCAAUUCAGAACGCAAUAGCGAUGGUGGAAGAGGAAUUACAUGAUUCCGCAAACAAGGAACUGUAUUUAAAGAAAUUCCGUGAGUUCGGCAGCGAGGAGACAUUCUUCAAGACAAUGAUGGACCUAGCGGCGCCGCAAGAACCACUCGCCGUCAUCUGUCAUGGCGACUGUUGGACUAAUAAUCUGCUCUUCCGCUUCGUCAAUGGCGAUAUCGCUGAGAUGUACAUAGUGGACUUCCAGCUGGCGCGGUACGCGUCGCCGGCGCUGGACCUGGUGUACGUGAUGUACCUGUGCCUGGGCCGCGAGCAGCGCGCCGCGCACCUGCCCGCGCUGCUCGACUACUACACGGACGAGCUGCACGCGCGCCUCGCCCACAUGAGCGACGACCACUCCGCCUUCCACACCACGCUCAAUAGAGACGCCCUCUUCCAAAUGGUGCAAGAUGAGUUCAAACGCUGCAGUCCAUUCGGUCUGGGCAUCGCUCUGGACAUGUACCCCAUCAUGACUUGCGACAGCGAUGAAGCUCCUAACCUUUAUCAGACGAAAGAGAGUGAGGUUAGCUCGCACGACUGCGUGCGGCCGGUGUGGACCUCCAACGCAAUCUGCAGGAAGAAGAUGACGGACCUCGUGCAGGAGUUGGUGGACGGAGACCUGCUAUAA